CCUGAAGCUCGUCCUUCACCCCUGCAUGCUCUGUUCCUUUAAGACAUGACGUUGUCUCUAUAGUGUCGUUACGUCAGGUGUUUGAUAAUCGUUACGUCAGGCGGAACAGCAAAGAACAAAAUGGAGGAGUAUGCCAGAGAGCCAUGCCCCUGGAGGAUUGUGGAUGACUGUGGGGGAGCUUUCACCAUGGGAGCUAUUGGAGGAGGAAUAUUUCAGGCAGUGAAAGGCUUCAGAAAUGCACCCUCGGGGAUGAGCCACAGAAUGAGGGGUAGCUUAACUGCUAUCAAGACCAGAGCCCCACAGCUCGGGGGUAGCUUCGCAGUAUGGGGAGGCCUCUUCUCCAUGAUUGACUGCGGUUUAGUAAAAGUGCGAGGGAAGGAGGAUCCAUGGAACUCAAUAACAAGUGGGGCCAUGACAGGAGCUAUUCUUGCUGCAAGAAAUGGACCGGUAGCCAUGUUUGGCUCUGCCGCCAUGGGAGGUAUCCUGCUGGCAUUGAUAGAGGGCGCUGGAAUCCUGCUUACUAGGUUUGCCUCUUCACAGUUUCCAACUGGACCCCAGUUUGCAGAGGAACCUGCCCCUGCUCCCAUGCCCACCUCUCCCUUUGGAGACUACAGACAAUAUCAGUGAGAGGAAGUCCUCACCUCUUUAUCCUCUAGGCCUUUUUUGAAUUCCUUGCUGAAGUUAAAAAGAAGAAAUGGCGCUGCAGAGUACCACACAUCAAACAGUAGAAAGUGCACCCAACUUUAUGGACUGUCGGAGAAGUGAACGACAAAACACGUCACCAUUUUCCUUCUUGCAGGAGCCAUGUACACAUCUGCCUUUUGCCAUUGUCAGGGUUGUCAUGUGCAUCUGUUUCACCUAGCAGUGGUAAAAUACAGACAGCUGAGAAUUGUUGUGAGGAUGAGAUGUGCUUUUCUAUUUUGUUUACAUACAGUAUAGACUGCAUGUAUCUAGGUAGAAUCUGAGAUGUUGAAUCUAUCAAAAAAUAUGUCAUACAUGGAACAUAAUUAAUUAUAUGUACAUACAGUAAAGCUUUCAGUUAUGUUAAUCUAUAUUUGCCUUUUUUGUCAUGCUUGGGUUGGCCAGCAACACUUGGUUGGCCUUUUUUUUUUUUUUUUUUUAUUAUUAUUUGAUUUUAUUCAGAGUUAUGAAGGCAAACAUCUUACCACAGACACACAGAUGCCAUUCCUGGAAUAUAUUAGUUUGUUUUACAUUUAUUUAUUUUUCAAUGGUAAGGAGUUGUGUCAGAUUGUUCUAUUUUAUGUGAUGGUGGUUUUUACAUUCAGCACAAGUGAGGAAAAGACUGCUAAUGACAAACUAAGGCAGACAUUUCAUAUUAAUGGAGAACUCAAGCAAGGGAUUGAUGUAUUCUGUAUUAAAUCUGUAUGACAGAUUGUACUCUGGUACAUUAAAGAAAUAAGUUGUAAAGUA